UUCACACUGCUUCUCCAUCUCCAUCUCAGAUUCUCAGUUGACAACCACCCAGCUUUCCAGAUAAUAGGGAGGAAGAAGAGAAUAAUGGCUCAUCAGGAUGAAGGAUGGCCUUUGGGAUUGCGCCCACUGAAUGCAAGAGUUGGGUUGAUCAGAAGCCGGGAUUUCUCUGCUGGGUCGGUUUCAUUCAGCACUUUGGUCAGUGGCUCUCCAACCUCUUCCAUUGCCGCUUCUUCUUCUUCUUCCUCAGAUCUUGAUACAGAGUCAACUGGGUCUUUCUUCCAUGACAAGAGCAUCACUCUAGGGAGCCUCCUUGGUGUUUCUGGCAUUAUAGGCCUCUCACGAAGAUCAACGAGGAGAAGGGCAGUUGAAACCUCCAAAGGCAAAAAGAACCACAAAUCCAAACCUUGGUUGUUUUCACUCUGCUCCAAGCUAACCAGCGACUCUGUGAAUGAGAGUAAUAACACUCCAUCCUUAGGUCACUUUCUUGAAGUAGAAAGGAGAGCAAGUAAUAACAACAUUAACAGAAGAAAUCACGGUGGACCGAUUGAAUACGGGACUGACAAUUUCUCACUGGCUGUGCCGGUUUCAGACCCCAACAGGCUAUUCGUAGACGGCCUAGUAGCAGCUGGUCAGCCAAGUUCUUCAGAGAGAGCGGAUGGUGGAGCAAGAUCCAACAAAGAGCUAUUAGAAUAUGGCAAUGGAUUUGGAACUCCAUUAGUGUCAUCAUGUUUGGACAACUCGUGAAAUGAUGGACCCCUCAUUGGAAUUUAUAUUUAGUAAGCUCUGGAUUUAUUGUUCAUAAUAUUAAAAAUUCAGCUUGCAAAUUGUUUCAAGAGAGGAGUGUCAGGCUAUUGGUAUGUAACUCAUUAAUGGAGCCUAAGGGAAGUAGGUUUCUUAUACAACUUUGCCUUUGGAGUUUUAA